UUGCCCUUAACUGCUGAUGACAGGGCAGUUUUAUUUUUUCUUUCUCGGUAACUGUUCUUGGAUUGUGUGGAAGUGUAAACUGGUCCCAGAACGGUUUUAAAAGAGGAAACCAAUUUGUCCCGACUAUCACAUGCACAGCACAGCACUGUUUUGGCCGCGGGCAGCAUAUCAUUCUUAGGAACGUGAUCAGAAACCACAUGACCCAUCUAUUCAACGUUAGGGAAAUCAAAUAUUUAUCUGGGGACAUGGAUCAAGUUUACCUCAAACUUUAAUUCAACUCUCUUCUCUAGUAGCCUACUUGUGUUAGCGGACUCAUUUCUUGGUUUCUUAGGGCAGUUAGAGCGACAGAGAGAGAGAACCGGAACUAAGAAGCAAAUUGAUCUCCUAAAAAGAGGACAUCGGAAUUAUUUAUGAAUGUUGUUGAGGCUUUGUCCAAAUAGCCAGACAACCAUGUCAACACCAGUGCAACUUUGUAUCACAUUUGUGCUUCUCGUGUUGAGUUUGGCAGACGAUAAUAAACUAAAACACAAACCAGCCUCAAAACCGGUCCGACUGUUCACAGACGAAGAUUUAAAAAGGCACGAUGGGAGUGAGGACGGGCAUCCCAUUUACAUGGCCAUAAAAGGAGUGGUAUUUGAUGUCACCAAGGGGAAAGAGUUCUAUGGGAAAGAUGGACCAUACAAUGCCUUGGUUGGAAAGGACUGCACCAGGGCUGUGGCCAAAAUGUCCCUUGAGCCAGCUGAUCUGACUUCUGACACUACGGGCCUUACUGAAGAGCAGCUCCAAUCCCUAGAGAGUGUAUUUGAGGGCACGUACAAGACAAAGUACCCUAUUGUAGGCUACACUGCCAUAUGCAUCCUCAACCAGGAUGGAAGCCCCAAUGAGGACUUCAAGCCCGAAGACCAACCUCAUUUUAACAUCAGAGACGAGUUCUAAUCCAAAGGAGGUUUUUUUUUGGGGGGUACUGUUUUAGUUCUUCUUCUUUUUUUUCUCUGAUAUAUUUUGGUACGUCAACAAAAGAAAACUGUGGAGGACCAUGAAGAUUCAGUACUGUGUGAUGUGUUAGGACUGCAUGUCUGGAUGUUCUGUGAUGAAGCCCGUAAGGGUGGCCUUACCAAGGGAUAGGCAGCCAUGUGUUUCAGCUCUAUUUUCCUUUAACCUUAUUUGAAGACCAUAUUUAUAUCUUUAAAAGAUAUGUUAUUUUUUUUAGAUAUCAUUUUAUGUUGACUUCAAUGAAAACAUGGAAUGUUUGUUACUAUGUUGUUAGUCAAAUACACUUUGUAAAAUGUAUUUACAUUUUAAGAA